CGAACUCAAAGUACAAGUGGCACCGGCCGAGUGACUUCUUCUCGAAUGCUGUUUUCAUUCAACUGUGACUCUGUAGCUAAUCACUUGCAGCACGCUAGAGACUUGCCUGUGUUCAGGUCAGCCAGGGUCAGCCAAGCCGGUCUGAAUCUUUAUUUCGAUCGUCAUACCAAGGACCCCUCUACUAUGCUAGAGGGGCUGACCGCGGUCGCUCUUGGCUAAAUCCAAGUCAGACUCCUCUCAAGUCGCCGUUCAUAUCAUAACCAGCACACCACCUCCACGCAGAGCGUGUCAUCCACUCCUUUCGCAGUCAAUCUUGCUGUCCUCCUAGCAUCGCAAUUUUAGUAUUUCGGUUCCGUUGCUUGCCAUGAUGACUCCACAAACCGCCCCUGUCACUCGCGCUAUCCAUGAUCGCAUACGGUGUCAGCCUGUUUCCAGUGGUACGACCCUCUGUAUUGGGGACAUCGUUACAAUCAUUGUGAUCAGUAUUGUCUUUAUCCUCGCACUCUCGUGUAUUUUCUGGACAUGGCGGAUAGUCCAUCGUCAUGCUAUCGCUGAUCAGGAACAAGCUUCAUCCAAUCGCGAUCCCUACAAUGUAGUCUCCCCUUCACUGGAUAGCUCCGUUCUCGUGAGAAAGGGUGUCGUGCGCGAACCGUACAAGCCGGUGCAGGCCAAAACAGCUGGGCCUGACGUCUUCUGGUCACCGCAGGCCCAGCUGCCUGAACUCAAGUUUCAUCUCGAUCCUCUACCCACCAUGGAAGAAAUGACAGAGAUGAGAAACAACUUUUCCAUUCGCCCAUUUUCUUGCCACUUUCCAUCGUCACCCUCUCCCCGUUCCAGCUUGGUAUCUUUGAACCCGCCUCUGUUACAGUCACAGUCCUUCGGGGGUGCGGCACACCUACCUACGCGGAGCGGCAGCCAGAAGUUCGACAUGUUACCAGAUAGCGCAUGUUUUGAAGGCGGUGGCGAAAUCUCGCUUGGCAAAGCGAUUCCAGCUGUACCCGGUGACCGAUAGUUCUCACUCGAGUGUGAAGUUCGCAUAAGAGUCCUGGACUUGUGGAUGACGGUGACGGGUCGGGUGGGUUGCUGUGCGGAUAUGAGAUGAAGUUGCUCUUACAGUACUCCCACUUUUUGCGUUCGAAGCACCUGUUGCAGUCUUCCGCGAACAGGAGUGUAAUAUAUGGCAACAGGAGUCGAUGGUAAAAUAGAUCGCAAUCGCAUGCUGUCACGUUGAUUGCACCACCCGAGCCUAGGGCCACAGGCCUACGAGUGCGAAGGCGUACUAGUAUGGGCAAACCAAACAGGAUCGCUGAGCAUUUAAUAAGUGAUGAAUUGAUGUUCGAAAGAACCGCGUUAGCCUUAUGGGUAGAAGGCACAGUAGAGCACUAUAGGUGUGUG